AUGGGCGGUGUACUCUCACAAAAGGACAUAAAAGGCAGAGAACAUGUCAUUGCCUACGCAAGUACAAGGCUCAGUAAAAAAAUGAGACAGAAAAGUGCGACGCAACGCUUUGAGAAAAAAUCAAGGAAUUCCCAACAGGAUACUGUCGAUGAGUUGGAUGAGUUAUACCUUUUCCCCCACCUUCAACAGUCGGAUCAUUCAGAUGCACCAAUCGACAUCCUAACAGGACAGAAGUCUGUGUCUCCAAUUACUAGCGACCCCGACCAAUCCUUAAAGACUGAAGGCGUUUUCGAAGAAUCAAGCGCAGCAGAGAAGUGUAUAUCUCCCAUCUGUUGGGAUCGAAAUAGUGAGAAGGAUGCGGUUCGUGUUGAUGCUCCGGAGAACGAAUUUUCAAAAGAGGCUGAGGAAGAACAAUCACAAAGAAAUCCACUUAAAUCGGAGUUGAGUAGUGAAAGUAAUGGCGGGAUGUCAGCUGAGAUUAUGGAUCCAGAUAUCCUAACAGAUUAUGAUCAACUUUUCAUAAAUACAAAGUAUUUCCUCAUCAAAAGUAACAAUUAUGAAAAUGUUGAAAUCGCUAAGAAAAAGAACGCCUGGUCGACCCCUAUCGGGAAUGAGAGUCGACUCAACAGGGCAUAUUACGACUCGAAUAACGUCAUCUUAAUUUUCUCGGUUCGUGAAAGUGGAAAAUUUCAGGGCUUUGCUCGUCUUGCUUCGCCAUCUGAUCCUCGUUUGCAUAUAGAUUGGGUUCUUCCUUCAUCUAGGAUGUCAAUGAAUGUGUUAAGCAGUCCUUUUAAGCUAGAUUGGGUUACCAAACAAGAACUUCCUUUCAGUAGUGUUUCUCAUUUAACGAACUCCUGGAAUGAUGGAAAACAAGUUAAAAUAGGUCGGGACGGUCAGGAGAUAGAGCCUGUUUGUGGCCAAGCGCUGUGUCGCCACUUUCCAUUAGAUUCUCUGGAGUCCAUUCCUGCAAUUGUUCGUAAAAUCGAGCCGAAGAAACCUAAGUCUAAUGACUCAUCUCGACGACGCAAUGUCACGGAUCGUCUUGGCACCUCUCAAUCCCACAGUUCUUCAUCCUCUCGGCGAUCCAAAGACUUGGGCUUUAACAAUCCAAAUUCUGUCGGUCUUCUUGGCGCUGCCACUACCUCAUCGCGUUCCACAAUCCCUCCUUUAAUGUCCUCAGUGAAUCUCGCCACUGCGGCCAUGUCAACUGUCGCUGCUAUGGCAGCGAUGAAAUCAAACCAGUCUCGAGGCUCUCUGCUUCCCACUGCGGAUAUCUCUCGAUUCAUCACGCCCAAUGCGAGCAUUCUUUCCCAUCUCUUACCUCAGGCUGUUGCCACAGAUCCAGUGACGCUUUCUGCCCUCUACUCUUCUCACGCACCCGCUAUUAACAGGAUUUUCCAACAGGACGGUGUUUCACCGAAAAGACAACGUAGUCGCGAACGACAUCGAUCACCCAGCAGUAAUUGCAGCUCCGCUGGACACCGUAGUGAUUCAGACUACCGUCGUAAUCGCCACGAGCGUCGUAAUUAUCGUCAGUCUGAGGAGUCAUCUUAUCGUUAUCGUUCGAGGUUAGGUGUCGGCGAUACUAAAGACAAUUCUCUGUUGUUGACAGUUAUGGUUUUAUUUUUCCCGGUCUCUGGGCUCUUGCUGUUGGAGCGUGGAGUGUACAUAUGGAAAAAUGUGAUGAACAUUGCCGUUAUUAGUAAUAGCUUACCCUGCGGCAGUAGUCAUUAUUAUUAUCAUUAUGUAAUUCGCGUAUCAUUUAUUAUUGCUGCCUCUGUGUGUACCAUUUCUGCCUUGAACUGUCUUUCACUACCUGUGACUUUUCAGGUUACUAACAGUACAUGUUUGUUUAAUUAA